GAGGGAAAAAGGGCAGAGACUUCGUCUUCGAUAAAAACCCUUUAUCGAAUAGCCAACCUUCCAUGCACGCGCUGAAAGAGGGAGACCAUUCGCACGUGCUCAACCAGACUUGGGAUUUUGGUAAGGUCAAAAUCGUGCACGUGUCACCCAAAACCCGCUGCAAGGGUCCAGGUGUAGCGCUCUUUUUCUCUCCGUUUAUAUUCUCCCCUAUCCUUCUCCCUCUCUAUUUUUGAGCCCUUCACAAAUAACCCGAGUAAGCUCCCUUCCGGAUCCGGUUAGCCCGAUUUCAAAACACGUCCUAAAUCGUGAUCUUUGAUCAAUCACCUGCGGGAUUUUGAUGCAGUGAUAGCGUUUUGAUUUAGCUAUGGAGACUGAGAAUGCGGUGAAUUACACGUAUAUGGGGAGGAGCUUUAAUGAUUUAAGUAUCAAUGAUAAUUCUUCAGCUUUCAGUGAUUGUAACAGCGACAGAUCCGGGGAGUUUCCAACGGCGUCGUCCCAGAGUCGGCGGUUGUUACUCGCAUGUGCUAAUUCGGAGAAUUCCGAUGAGUUGAUACGGCAACUCCUAUCGGAUCUCGAGUCCUGUUCGAUUGACGAACAAAAGCAAGCGGCUUUGGAGCUUAGACUUUUGGCUAAGAACAAGCCGGAGAAUCGAAUCAAGAUCGCUAAAGCAGGCGCGAUUAAGCCGUUGAUUUCGCUAAUCUCGUCAUCUGAUCCUUAUCUUCAGGAAAACGGCGUGACGGCGAUUUUGAAUCUCUCGUUGUGCGAUGAGAACAAAGAACUUAUAGCUUCAUCCGGAGCGAUUAAGCCACUCGUUAGAGCUUUGAGAACGGGAACUUCAACGACUAAAGAAAACGCGGCCUGUGCUUUGCUUCGGCUUUCUCAGAUAGAAGAAAACAAGGUCGCCAUCGGACGUUCAGGAGCAAUUCCACUAUUAGUUAAUCUUCUCGAGAACGGAGGAUUUCGCGGGAAAAAGGACGCAUCAACGGCUUUGUAUUCGUUAUGUACGGUUAGAGAUAACAAGAUCAAGGCCGUUGAAGCGGGGAUCAUGAAACCACUGGUGGAAUUAAUGGCUGAUUUCGCGUCCAACAUGGUUGACAAGUCAGCGUUCGUUUUGAGCGUGUUGGUAUCAGUACCGGAAGCCAGAACGGCAUUAGUUGACGAAGGAGGGAUUCCCGUUUUGGUGGAAAUCAUUGAAGUUGGAUCACAAAGGCAAAAGGAAAUCGCCGUCGCGAUCUUAUUACAGAUUUGCGAGGAUAGUCUGGUAUACCGUACUAUGGUGGCCCGCGAAGGAGCGAUUCCUCCCUUAGUAGCUUUGUCGCAGUCAGGCACCAAUCGCGCCAAACAAAAGGCAGAGACACUGAUAGAGCUUCUACGGCAACCAAGAUCCGGCAACGCCGCUGCCAGGCCCUCAAACGUGUCAGUAUAAAACUGUCCCUACCACAUGGCGAUUGUAAUAAAAAACAUUCCAAAAACAAAAGGAAGAGAGAAACUCAAAUGGAUUUUACAAAAGAAGAAAAAAAUCAAAAAAACACAAAAAAAAGGGAAAUGUAAAUACCUUAUGUAAAAUCGUUCUUGUGAUUAAGUGAUGUGAGACCUUGAGCUGCUUGAUUUUCGGGUUUUGGCUUGCCCUUUUGGCUUAUUUUAUAAAGAAAAAAAAAGAUAUAGUAUAUAUAUAUUGCUUCUUGACAGUUCAACUGCAGCGUAGUGUGUUAUCAUAUAUACUUUGUCUUUGUUCUUUUGUAUCUUCUUUUUUAUGAUGAGUUUAAGAAAUGAUUAAAGUGAAAUAACGAAUGUGAUAUGGAAGUA